AUGCCUCUGUCGGCACCUGUCACGGCUACAGCCGUGGAGCGCAGCACGGGGCAGAUAGGUCGCGCCGCCGUCGCUGCCAUGCAGGGUCUGCGGCCCAACUUUGAAGACUGCCACGUCCUGGACCAAAAACUUGGAAUCUGCGGUGUUUUCGAUGGCCACCUCGGAGAUGAGGCAGCGGCCUUCUGUGCGGAACGCUUGCCGCGGCACGUCUCAACCGCGCACGACGACGACGGGCUGCGCCAAGCUUUCGCCUUGUGCGAUUCUGAGUUGAUGGCUGCGCUUCCCAAGGAAUGCGAAGCAGGGACCACUGCAACCGUCGCCAAGAUGCAGCCAAACGGCCGCGAGGAUUGCAUCAUCGUGACGGUUGCUAACUUAGGAGACUCGCGUGCUCUUCUUUGGAGAAAAUCUUCAGAUACUAUUGAGCACACGAGAGAUCACCGUCCUGAUGACAAGUCCGAGCGAGAUCGCAUCACAGCUGCUGGUGGGGAGGUGAAUGAGGAUUUCGAUCCGCCGCGCAUAGACGGAAAGCUGGCAUGCAGCCGAGCACUUGGCGACUUCAGCUUCAAGCAGGGUGCCGGGACGGCUGCGGAGCAGAAAGUCAGCUGUGUGCCAGAGCUGUACCGCUGGACUGCCGAACGAGGCGACUGGCUUAUCCUGGCGUGUGACGGAGUUUGGGACACGAUGGGCAAUGAGGAAGUGGUGCAGCACGUGUGUAAAUCCUCCAAAGAUGUGGGUGACACGGUUGCUGGUGUCCUGCAGCGUUGUAUCGACAAAGAGGCAGACGACAAUCUCACCCUUCUUGCAGUCGAGCUGGGCUCUGUGCCGUUGUCGGAGCCUAGUACGAUGGUCAAAGCUGGUGAUUUCCUGAAGGAGAAAGAUCCGGCUGUGCUGGAGCAGUACCAGUCUUUCUGUUUGCGCGCUGGGUACGCAAUUGCUCGGGAGCAACAGCCGAAGGCACCUCCCAAAGUGGUCCUGACCGCGGCAGCGCGGACCCCAGCGGCGCCACGCUUCACGGCCAACGGCUACAACGAGCCGGUCGCGAACGGAAAGCUUGUCAACGAACCUGCCCCAAUCGUUCGCGCGCCGCUUGUGAUCGUGGGACCCUCCGGCGUGGGCAAGGGCACCCUGAUUCAGAAGAUCUUGGACACGUUUCCAGGGCAGUUUGGCUUUGCUGUUUCGCACACGACGCGGAAGCCGCGGCCCGGUGAAGUGCACGGCAAGUCCUAUUGGUUCGUGGAACUCGAACAGAUGAAGAAGGAGGUGGCCAUCCCAGGCCGCUUCCUGGAGCAUGCGAGCGUCCACGGCAAUCUUUACGGCACCUCUCAAGCGGCUUUGGCCGCUCGUCCCUGGGGGUGUACCGUUCAGUGUUGA